GAAAAAGGAAAAGGUCAAUAGCACUCGGCACACCUGCUAUAUUCAAUGCCUUGUUGCUGACUCAGUCGGCAACACAGUACAACAGGAGUAACAUAGAUGGGCUAGCUACAAGCCACAUGGAAACUGAUUUGCCAGAUGAGCAGUAUGACAAUGAACAACAUGUUACAAAGAAAAUCUGUAAAAAAAAGUCCUCUUCAGACCCCACUACUAAUAAAGGCAUAGAAGCUUCGAUUACUUUUCAAACUACAAGCGAAAAAAGUGGCGAAAUCAAUUUACCCCUACAAAAUGCAGAGAUGAUGUUAUCGAUAAACACAACACCAAAACAAACUGCUUUCGAACAGGACCCGAGUGAUGCACCUGGUACACUACCAAAAGUAGAAGAAAACCAUGUUCUAAACGAAUCUGUACACCAUUCGGUACACCAACCAGAACCGGGCCCAGAUCACAUGGAAUGGAUAGAACACGUGAGAAUAGCGCUGGCAAAUGCGAAGCAAAUAGUCUUUGACAAGGAAAUAUGGAAUCGAGACAAAAUCUUAGCAGCUUUUUUGGACCCAGAAAAAUUUAAAUUGUUAAUACAACACAAAUUACGAUCCAAACCAACACAAAUAAAAAUCCCACAAGCAAUCGGCCUGAAAUUCAAGUACAGUGAUCGAGCUUUCUUUCACACAUUUACUAGGAGGCAUGAUACCUGGCCACAACACCAACAAGAAUUUAUGGAUCUUAUAGAGGAAGCAACGCGUAAAUACAAGCAGAUGUAUGAUGCCCAUAUGAUUAACAGAGAGAAUAAAGACCAGAUCACUGACUUGCUUAAAAAGAAAUUGGCCAUAGAUUUCUGGACAAAUGGAGAGUUCACCAGGCUAGACGCUACUGAAAUUGCUAGACAUACCAUGUAUCUGCUUGGCUUUGCCAGAAUAGAAACAAAAAUGGACUUUAACACCAUUAAAGAAAUAGUCGAGAAAGCCAAAGUCGAAACCCUUAUCGCACUGCCAGACCACCCAAAAAAGAUUGAGGAUCAGAUUAAAAACUCUCUACCAUUCAUGCUACCUUGCCAGACCGCAGACGAACUACCAGAUACAUACUUUGUAGCAGACAAUAGAAUACCACUUUCAGCACACCAAGGUUGGCUUAAUGAAACAACUCAGAAAAUGUUUCCAGUCACUGUUCGAGCAGAUCUUAAAAAAGUAUGGGGAUACAAAGAGGAACUGAGGAAGUUCUAUAUCUUUAGAGAUCUUCCAGAAACUUACUUCGACCUAUCAUCAAAAAAAAUGCCACUUCCGCCUACACCACAGGAACUCACCCUGCGGCUUAGAGAGAUCUUUUCAUUCUAUCUACUAGAUGCAAAACACUUCAAAGAACACAUCGAGAAGCUGAGAACAGUCUAUGCAUUUAAGACAUUACCAAAUGACUAUAUUAUUAGCAAAAAACGUCUCCCAAAAGAUCCAAAAGAUCUGCACCUAGCUGUCACUUUCUCCUUCCCUAUCGACAAUAAGGAAUCACUUGCAAACUUCCUACAUGCAGUUCCAAGAUAUUAUGCAAUACCCAAUCCUCUACCAAAAGAAUAUAUUAACUUUAACUACAUAGACAAACCGGAGCUUCCAACUGACCCUAGCUUGGUAGAAAAAAAGGUAGAGGAGACAGAGAAUAAGCUGCCGAAUACAAUCAAAGAACUUAAACAACUAAUAGAACAAAAAAAUUUGCAAACCACAUUAAACUUUCCAAUAUCAAACCAGGAGAAGAUUCCAUCAGCUAUAGAAUUCCUAAAACAAGAUUUAGCGCUUGACUCAAUCCCAGACUUUGCUUUUAAAUUUACAUCUUUUCCAUCGCCAGGUUGGGAGCUUUUUGAAGAAGCUGAAAUUGAUGAUGACAUACCUAUGCAAGAGAACGAACCAACACAACCAACCAUUAACACACAGGGGUUAGAGUCAGAAGAAGAACCAACCAAUGAGUGUUAA